GGGGCGGAGGGAAGCGGUUAGAGGUGGGAGUUGGCGUUGCGGGCCGGGCGGGGGCCGCGGAGCUGCGAUGCGGACGGGGCCGCGGCGGUGACCCGAGCUGCCGCCCGACAUGAACUCGCUGGAGCAGGCGGAAGAUCUCAAGGCUUUUGAGAGGAGACUUACAGAAUAUAUUCAUUGUUUGCAACCUGCCACUGGACGUUGGAGAAUGCUUCUUAUAGUGGUAUCUGUCUGCACAGCUACUGGUGCCUGGAACUGGUUAAUAGAUCCCGAGACACAAAAGACCAGAGACCUUAUCUUCACUUGUUCAGCAGUAUUAAUUGAGCAUGUAUGUUUGCCAAGCACUAUUUCAGAUACUGGAAGAACAGAGAUGCACAAGACCACGUCUACUCCUGUGGUGUCCUUCUUCACAUCUUUAUGGAAUCACCCAUUUUUCACUAUUAGCUGUAUUACUCUAAUAGGCUUGUUCUUUGCCGGAAUACACAAGAGGGUCGUUGCACCAUCAAUCAUAGCUGCUCGAUGUCGAACUGUAUUAGCAGAAUACAACAUGUCUUGUGAUGAUACAGGAAAACUCAUUUUGAAACCUAGGCCUCAUGUUCAGUGACAGUCUGCACUCAUUGUUCUGGGACCUAAAACAGCCUUUCUUCAAAUGAGUGAUAAAGCAAAAAGCCAUAAAGGAUUCCUUUUACAGUUGGAUAUGUGAAGGUCAUAGCAACAACUGACAAGAAGUGUGCAAUAUUUACCCAGAUGAUCUCGAUGAUGAUGACUCGUCUCCCCCGUGCUUGGUACCUUUGAUUAUCUGUGUUACAGUAUUAGUGUCACUUUAGUACUUCAGACCCUGCAGAGACUUCUGCAGAUGAAGUAUGUCUGUAUGUUACUAAGUUAAACUUAGAAACAGAACCUCAUCCAGUUUUUAUAAUGUAUUUUUGCAAACUACUGUAAAUAGCAAAUCAAUGCCAAUGUCAAAGAGGGAAGCGUUCCGUGGACUUUGUUCUCCUGCACCAGUAUCGUGGGAGCAUCCAUUGGCCGGCCCCAUGGCUCUUCACACCCAGCUAUCGUGCAUAGCUGUGCCUUUCAUUCUUACACCCCUCUGUUCUAAUCAUAAUGCAAGAAAAACAUCGGAUCGAGUGUAAACUGAGAAAGACUCAUCUCCAUUAUGUUGUGGGAAAUUAUAGAUAUUCUUCUGAGAAACCAUUUUUGUUAAACCAGAUAGUGAACUUCAACCACUCUCAUGGUAACCAUUUCCGGUUUGUUGUUUUCCUUCAAUGCUAAAUAUACUUUAUAUUUUUUUUAAUAAUUUUAAGAACACUCCAAAGGCUUCUGAAUAUACAAGUUUAGUUAUAAAUUAUGUACUGUCUGGGAAUUUGAUAGUCCUUGUUUUAGAUCAUUGGAUCUUAACGCCGCGGUUGGCGUGCUGUUACACUAGUGUUGCACGGGUGUAAUUGAUCAGCCGCUCCAUCACGGGGUGACUUGGGAGCGGCGCCCCAAACUAGAGUCUACAAUUCUCACUGUUCCGAGAGUGUUAAUGACAUACUGUGUAUGCAUUUUAGCCACCUGUACUAUAAUUGCCCUUAAUCUUAAACUAUUGGGAUUGCUGUAAAUAUUUUAAAGAACUGGAGGUGCCUUUUACCUGUUUAUUAGAUGAUUUUGAAAAGGUUUAAAUUAUUUCAUGAGCAGUCUUUUAAAUUCCAUUUAACAUGAAGCUGAAAAUUCACUCACAGGACAAAAACUUUUUAACAAGGCUACCAUUUAACUUAACUGUCCAUCUUGGCUUUAAUGUGUUUGAGAUUUUAUUCUUGAAACUGCAGCAAUAAGACCCUCUCUGCUCCUACGAAGUCAUCAGAGGGUACUCUAUGUAUUCGGCACAGUUUGAUUAUCUGUAAAUUUUGUAGGUAAAUAUGUGCAUAAAAAUAAAUACUUUAUAUAUAAUUA